UUCAUCCUGUCGGGCUACCGGCGGCUGCACUGCUCGGCGCAGGAGUGCCUGGCCUCGGUGCUGCAGCCCACCAACGAGACGCUCAACUUCUGGACGCACUUCAUCCCGCUGCUGCUCUUCCUCAGCCGCUUCGGGCGCCUGCUGCUGCUGCGAGGCGCCGGGGACGUGCCCUUCCACCACCCGGCCCUGCUGCCGCUCUGGUGCUACGCCUCGGGGGUGCUGCUCACCUUCGCCAUGAGCUGCACAGCCCACGUCUUCAGCUGCCUCUCGCCGCGCCUCCGCGCCGCUUUCUUCUACCUGGACUACGCCUCCAUCAGCUACUACGGCUUUGCCAGCACCGUGGCCUAUUCCUACUACCUGCUGCCCGGGCUGAGCCUGCUGGACGCAGGCGCCAUGAGCCACUACGUGCAGCAGCAGCUGGGCUGGCAGCUGGACUGCAGCGUGCCCAUCGCGGCGUACCGCGCGCUCGUGCUGCCCGUGGCGCUGGCGCUGGCCGUGGGCUGCACAGCCGCGUGCUGCCGCAGCCGCGCCGCCUGCUGCGCCUACCCCUUUGCCGUGCGCACCUUCGUCUUCGCCAUGCCGCUCAGCAUGGCCUGCCCCAUCAUGCUCGAGAGCCUCCUCUUCGACCUGCGCACCCGCAACCCCACGCUCUUCGUCUACUUCUACCGGCGCUACUGCUGGCUGCUGGUGGCCGCCUUCUUCAACGUCAGCAAGAUCCCUGAGCGGAUCCAGCCGGGGCUCUUCGACAUCGUGGGCCACAGCCACCAGCUCUUCCACAUCUUCACCUUCCUCAGCAUCUACGACCAGGUGCACUACGUGGAGGACGGGCUGGCCGCGUUCCUCAAGGCCUCCCCGGCCGCUCCCACCUACCUGGGCACCGUGGGCUACAUGCUGCUCCUGACGCUCUGCCUGGCCGUGGUGGUGCGCAGGUUCCUCAACGUCACAGACCUCUGCAAGCAGGACUAGCCGGCCCGGCCGCCUCACGCCGCUCAUCCUCAGCCCGGCCCUUCCAUGUCUUGGAAAUGCUGCGAAACCGGGGCACGUGCACCUGUGGAAACGGCAGGUCCCUUCUGCCGAGGGCAGCCGAGAAAAUGACGGUGGAGGAAGCGCUCGCGCUGGUUACUGCACUAGGUUACCAGGGGAAGCAAGCAGCCGCUCGCUGGUACGUUGCUGCUUAGGGUAUAAGCUGAAAUAAUUUAGUUCUGCUACUAGGAAGAUUGCAUGGACUGUGAAUGCCACUUACUAAUUUCAGAACAAUUAGGUUUAAAUCAGCUCUGUGUGUGUGUGCGUGU